ACUUUACCAAACUGCUUGACUUGAAAUAAGUCUAAAAAGAUUUUUGACGAUUUUUAGAGAUUUUUGACAAUGCAUACGAAAAUAUAAAUAUCAUCAUGGUUAAAUAUAUUUUAUUCUCUGAUCCUUUACGCCAAGAAGAAAUUGAUAAAUUCUACACGGCUUGUCAAAUGCAUCGUGAUUAUUAUAGAGGCUACCCUCGUUCUUAUCAUCCACUCGCCUUCUUUAGAGAUCCUGAAUAUAUGUGGCAGUGUCCAAAAGAAAUGUCUCACGUAUACCUAGAUUUCCCGCCUUACCAUGUAAGAUAUAAACAGCCCGCUGUACUGCCAGUAACUCUUGAAAGAACUUCAGUGUUCCCAACGCUACCUCAAAGAACUUUAGCUGGACGCUACAACAAAAGUGCUUGCAUGGCUUUCAAGUAUUAAAAAUACGGAGAAAGAAUAAGCAAAGAUUAAUUGAAAAUAUUGUGAUUUAAUUAAUCUCAAUACCUUAAAAUUAUGAAAAUAAAUAUUUUGACUGCAACUGA